AUGGCGGCCGGGGCGGCCGCGGCCGCCUUCAGCCAGGCGCCGCCGCCCCUCCGUCCGCCGGCGCCGCUGCUGCCGGCGCUGCUUUUGCUGCUGCUGCUGCUGCUCCUGCCGGCGCCGCCGCCUGUCUCGGCCCAGGGCCUGAAGAAGGCCGCCUCGGCCGGCCUCGGGGCUGACUCGGUCUACACCAAAACUGCUGCGGUACAGCAGAACGCGGCGCUGUCCAGGCUGACGUCCCAGGCAGAGCGCUUCACGACGCUCUUCAAGAACAACCCCGCGGCCGCCUGCUCCCGCAACUCCCAAACAAUGUGCGGCAGCAGCUCCGGCUCGGAGUCCUCCGACGCCCUGACCUUCGCGGCGAGCCCACAGGCGUUCGACGCGCGCGCGCAGCGGCUGGCGUCGCCCGUCAGGGACCAGGGCGCCUGCACCACGUGCACGGCCUCCGCGCUGAUGAGCGCCGUCGAGGCGGCAGUCGCCGCGGCCCUGAAGAGGGACGCGAGAGAGAAACAGUACUCUGUGCAGAACUUCCACUUUUGCGGCGGCGUGGGCAGCCCCGGGGAGUUGACGGGCUGCAGCACCUCCGUCGGCGUGGACACCGCCGUCAAGGGGAUGGGGGAGAGACCCAAAAGCAUCAUCCUGGACCGCUGCCUGCCCUACGCCCCCAGCAACUUCCAGCCCAACUGCGACAGGAAGUGCAACGAUGUGGAUCCGGAUCUGUCGGCGGGGAGAAUCGGAUUUACUAAAUUGGGGAGCCCCAUGGAGGUCCAAAAACAUAUACGCGACUGGGGCGGCGUGAUAACGCGCCUGGACAUCUGGUCAGAUUUCAAGCCCUUCUUCAAGGCGAGCCGCUCUGGCGUCUACUCAGGUCCCAGCAGUGCAGUAUUCCAGAUCGCCCACUCGGUACUACUGCUCCCCAAUGCGCCCGCUUCACAACCGCCUACCCCGCCGGCCGCGCCGCCGCCGCCGCCUGCCUCAGGCUACUGGAUCUUCAAGAACUCGUGGGGCCCCGACUGGGGGAUGGGGGGCUACGGCAAAAUAUCUUACGACGCGACCGGCACCGGGAUCCUGUCGCCCGAUGACACCUAUGGCAUCAUCUUCAACCCCAUCACGCCCCCAAGGCUAUCGUACCGCCUCUGCCACCACCCCACCCGGCGAGAGUGCUACAUCACGCGGGCGCCCCCCGGCACCUGGCCGUCAAAGAUGGCGAACGACCUGCAGAUGAACCUGAAGGAGCUUCUGAGGGACAACACGCGCGUCAUCAAAGAUCUGUCCAAGCCGCUCCCGGCCGCUGAUCUGGUGGUGUGCGACCUCCAAGACGGCAUCCCAAAGCGCGCCGCGCCCUGCGCCACGCCCACGCCGGAGCUGGCGUGCACCGAGGGCGCGCCGCCCAGCAGCGUGCGGGACGUCCACCUGCGGAGCAUCUCAGACGUUGGGGGCCAGGCGGAGCUGCGGGUGGCGUGGGGGCUGCCAAAGGGCAAUGCGUGCGUGCGGCAGUACAACGUCCAGAUCUUGAAUAUUGAGACCCUCAAAUCCACAAAGGUGGUGAUCCCUCUGACCAACAGCAACGCGGCGGGCUCUAUCGUUUUCAAAACGAAGCCCUUUGUGCCCGGCCGCCCGCGGCCGGUCUUCCUGAUCCAGGUCGUUGCGGCCAACAAGGCGGGCGCGUCGGCCGCGCAGAGCCUGUCGGUCAACACCGGCAAGGUGUCGAGCGUCUUCGACGGUUGA